AUGACCCGGAACGCCCCACUGUCUGCUCUAAGCCUUCUUUGCACAUGCGUGUCUGUCACUUGGAACAUGGUUCCCACCCACCCUGGCACCCCUGGACCUCCGCUGAUGCCCUAUGACAAGGGGCUGCUGUUUGCCCCUGUGGAACAGGGGAUGGCACUCAGUGGGAGAACAAAGGAGCCAGGGCAGACAAGACAAACCGGCCUUAUUGUCGCCUGCUACCACGGCUUUGUGGAUACCGUGGUGGCCUUAGCAGAGUGCCCCCACGUUGACGUCAACUGGCAGGACAGCGAGGGGAACACAGCCCUCAUCACAGCUGCGCAGGCAGGGCACGCCAUCAUCACCAACUACUUGUUGAACUAUUUCCCCGGUCUUGACCUUGAGAGGAGGAACGCGUUCGGGUUCACGGCCCUGAUGAAAGCCGCCAUGCAGGGCCGAACAGACUGCAUCCGAGCCCUGAUGCUGGCAGGGGCAGAUGUCCACGCCAGGGACCCCCACCGCGGGAUGUCGCCCCAGGAGUGGGCCACUUACACCGGCCGGGUGGAGGCCGUGCGUCUGAUGCAGAGGCUGCUGGAGCGACCCUGCCCAGAGCAGUUUGGGGAAAAGUACAAGCCGGAGCUGCCGCUGCCCCCCGAGGUGGCCCUGAAGCCCCCCGCCUCCAAAAGCUGCUUGCAGAGGCUCACCGACUGUAUGCGCUCCGUGCUGACCACCCGCUCCAGCCGCGGCCCGGAGGACGGGGGCGUCCUGGACCACAUGGUCAGGAUGACCACGAGCCUCUACAGCCCCGCCGUGGCCAUCGUCUGCCAGACUGUGUGCCCCGAGAGCCCCCCCUGCGUGGGGAAGAGGCGACGGGCGGUGCAGGAAAUCCUGGCGGCUCGAGGGAAACAGGAGCCCCUUGCCCAGGACGGGGACAAGGCCAAGGGCACUGAGCCGCAAUUCCGGACCUCCCGGGUGGAGGAGGGCUCCGAGGAGGGGGCCCCGAGAGCCAGCCUCCCGCCUGCCCCGCUGCCGGGGUCCCGGGGCUCCGGGCCCCCCACGCGGAAGGCCAGCCUCCUGCCCCUGCAGCUGCUGCGGCGGAGCAGCGUGCGCCCGGGCGUCGUGGUCCCCAGGGUCCGCAUCAGCAAGGCGCCCGCGCCCACCUACCAGCCCGAGCGGCCCGCCCGCAAAGGCAGCACCAAGGACAGCGGCCACCUGCAGAUCCCCAAGUGGCGGUACAAGGAGGUCAAGGAGGAGAAGAGGAAGGCGGAGGAGGCGGAGAAGAAGCGGCUGGCGGAGGCGCAGAAGGAAAGGCGGGCGCCGCCCUGGAAGAAGAGGACGUGA